UGCUCGAUAUAUAUAUUUUUUUUUGUCAGAAAAAGUGUGCUUCAUUUUUGACGACUAGAAAAUCGAUAAUUCGAUAUUUAUUAUGUUCACGCAUACGCAGACGUCACGCGUAUGGGGAGCGCGGUAUAUAAAAAGCCAGCGGCCAGAAUAUGCGGCACGGACAGACACUCUGCGUGCGGGAGCUCAAAAGCAUGGAAUCGUGGCCGGAGACGUGCAGCACCUCGUCGGCGCCGGCGAGGCGGCUGACGGUGUGGCGCAAGUCGCUGCUGUUCAACAGCCACGGGUACACGGUGUUCGACGACGCCGACGGCCGCAUCGUCUUCCGCGUCGACAACUACGCCCACGACUGGCGCCGCCACACCCUCCUCAUGGACUCCCACGGCAACGUCCUCCUCACCAUCCGCCGCUGCCGCCCCAACAUACUGAACUUGAGGGAGAGUUGGAAGGUCUACGAGGGAGAUGAAGAUACACAAACAAUGAGCAAGGAUGAGAGGCUUAGGCCACUGUUCAAGGCGACCAAACACUUGGGGAGUUCGAGUUGCACCAUCUCCAUGUUCGCGGACUGUGGAUCGGUUAAAUCGUUAGGCGGCUAUCGAAUGAGUUGGUCGAGAGAGAAGGAAUGGUCCAAGAUAUAUCAAGCUGAUCCAAACACACUUGUAGCUGAGGUGAGUAGGAAGUAUGGAUCAUCGGUGACGAAGAAUUUACUCGACAAAGAUGUUCUCGCGCUGACGGUGCACCCGGGAAUGGAUCAAGCUCUAACAAUGGCCAUGAUUAUGAUAACGAAUUCAAUGAGUGAGUAGUAAUGCUUAAUUAGAGCGAGUAGUUGGAUCAAAGAUAAGAGGGUUCAUUAAUGAGUUGCUUAAUCUCCUUGGUGCUAUACCAUGCUUUGAUUCCUUCAUUUACAAAUAUUAAUUAGUGUUCAUGUAUAGAGGAGAAAAUUCUGGUAUAUGUUAAUUAAUUACUUUGUUCAUGUGAUGGAUAUAUAUAUAGUGAGGAAGGAAUCAAUUAUUUCCAUCAUAUUUGUAGUUUUUAACAAUU